AUGAUCGUACUCUUGUUAAUAUCUGCCCUCCUGCUCUCAGUGCCGGCCACUGUCUCGGCAUGCGAGGGCGAAUGCAUCGUCGGUAUCACGAACGCGUUCCUCGGAAACUACACGCCCGUCGUCGAGGCAGUGAUGAACGACUUGAACCAACAGAUUUGCGCGAACUCUUCCAUCCCGCCCAAUAACUACCUUUCGCCCAUCUACGACGCAUAUAAGAUGCAAGCCUACCACGGGAUGGAGAAUGCGAUCUUCCCUAGCUACUUUCACGGCAAGUGCCAGCAGGACGGCGUGAACCCGCCCGGUUGCCCAAACCCCGACUGCCCUGUCGUUUGUGGCACGCCUGGGUCUAUGGUGCACUUCUAUUCGCAGCUCCGCUACAUCGCGUUCAACCAGACACGCCACCUCCUUGAGACGCUCGUCGCGCCGGGCUCGAACACGUACCAGCAGGUCGAACAUGCACUCAUGAAAGCCGACCAAGGGCACUCUCGCCGCAUGAGCAGGGUGUAUGGGCGCGCACUCGCAAAGGCUGCCGCAGAAUCUGCUUCCAGGUCUUCUGUCGCCAGCUCUAGGGCUACUCCCAUGCAUGGAUACAAGGCGUAUACGACGGCUCCGGUACUGAGCCAAGCUCCUCCUCCUUUACCCUCUAGCGCUGCCUUUGACUCUGACCCGGACUCUGCCAACAACAUCUUGGUGCCCAUCCCUCUCAGAAAAAGAACGGAUUUAACAGCUGUGCUUAGACAAAUUCUGGGAGAGAUCGACGAGCAACUCCUCGAGGCCUGCGGUGGAGAUGCGCAAGACGAGGCCACGAACGGUCUGCCCGACUGUAGCUGGGAGAAUGAAAUGAAGGAAUACAUCCUGACGUUCCCGUAG